AUGCCUCAUUCAACGACUUUGUCGAUACCUGCAGCCACAAUUACCUUGCUGGAUGAGAAACUGACCGAUGCCGACGCCGAUACGCCCGCGCGCUUCCUGCACGACCACGGCAUCACCGCGGAGACUCUCCCUUUUUGGCUAGUGAAUGUACCCCGGUCGCAAUGGACGAGCGAGUGUCCGGCCUUUCUACGAGACCAACCGCCCAAGAACGUGCAAUGCCUCGCCACGCCCGAUAGCCACUAUCGGCGACAGAGCUGGGAGGAAGUGCAGGAGAUCACCAGAACGAACCGAAUUGAUCGAUUUCAACGUGUUCCGAGCGAACUGCGGAAAUAUUUGGAAUAUAUGGCCCAGAUCAAAACCGAGUACGGAUCGGUGAUGCGGUUCGUUGUGAAGGAGAGGUUGUGUUGGGGUGAUGGAAGUCCCGACGGCUUGCGGCCCCGAGGAGGUCCAUUUGAAUACGCCGGGUCGCUGGCUAACGUAUACGAGGAUACGACGUAUAUAGAAGACAUUCGGAUUCUAUACAAUGACUGGCCAUACGGGAUCGAUACGGAUAUCAUCCACUUGGUGGUCUGGACCAAAUUUGAGCUUCCCGAUGACCCCGCCACGGGCGAUCUGACAGCAGAGGCGCGAGAGGCGAUCGAACGAUACGUGCAGGCCACUUUUUGUUCGCGAGUGGCGCCUGAGCAGGUCGUCUGGUUCAGGAACUGGAAGUCUCUCAAGUCGGUCCAUGCCCUUGAACACUUCCACGUCAUGCUCCAUCGACCGGAUAGGGCAUUUGUGCGGGAGAUCACGAAUGGAGAUGUACCGCUGAUCGAACGGAUAUGA